AUGGAUGAAACGCCCGAGGCGGUUGAUGUCCUGACCUCAAGAAGGAUGCGGAUAUUAAUUCGAGAGAAGCCCUGGCAUGGCUAUGUCGAUUCCAGCGCCGCUUUCGCCGGCACAAACGCCACGAGGUUGUCCAUGAGGGAGCAGAAGGGACUAGAGGAAUUCAAGGACGAGCAGCGGAACAUUCAGCUUCAAAUGACCGACGAGGCAUUGAACCAGUGGAAGGAGUGGUGCUCCUUACAUUCGGACCCAUGCAACACAUCCAUGAGCCUCAAGAAACUUAUCGACUUUAUCGGCAGCAAGGUCAUCCCUCAGGAAAACGCAAUCCUCCGUCAACUUUCACAUGACAACCGGAUACCAAUAUCUGGAGUCGAGUCUCUUCUCCUCCCCCUUCUUCGGCACAUGUACCAAGAAGAAAAGGCACUGACAAGAAGAGCGUCUCCUUUCAGCCAUCAACGAUCGCCUCUCAUGGUCAGUAUCCGAACGGCGCCUCGCCCCAGUCCGGUCUUAUCCUCUUCCGACUCAUAUGAUCCGCCGGUUUUAUCACGCCCAAGUCGUUCGGAAUACGUUACCAUUGUCGAUCAGGCAUCCCCCAAGGUUGAUUCGGAGACGGAGGAGGAGGAGGAGGAGGAGGAGGAGGAGGAGGAGGAGGAGGAGGAAGAGGAGGAGGAGGAGGAGGAGGUCAGCCCAUGGACCUCGGUCAGGCUUAUCCGUGAUCGCACAACUUCACCGUCCGCCGUUCUGGAUGUGUCGUGUCUGGAAAACUCCUUGGAGAUUGUGUCAACAAUUUCCGCCGAGGUGGCGGCCCUUUGCAAGUCCGCCCACAAGCCAAAUAUCGACGUUUCGGAAAGCAAUCCUUACUUGCUCACAGAGUCGUUCUUUGCUCGGCUACGCAAGGACCAGGCCAAGGCAGAGCGGCUGGGCUUGAGUGGCGCGCUUUACAACCCGCUUUUAGUAGAGGUCUUGGAGGGGCAUGUUCAGUUGGUCCAAACAUUGUCUGUCCAGAUGUCAAACCGAGCUAUGUCUCUCGUCCCCGCAUCUCUGGCGAAGGAAUAUGCGAUUUCCAACAUCUCGACUGUGUCAAGCUCUCUGGUUCCUGAUUCGUCAUUACAAACCCCUCUUUCCGCCCGCUUGUCCUCUCUUAUAUCCUCCAAGAAACCCAGUUCGGGAAAAGCCUUCAAGACUACCGAUCAAGAUUUCGCACAGUCGGAUGCUUCUUACGAAGGGCCAGAUCAAGACCAAGGCACCAAGGUCAUGGGCCAGAUCUACACAAGCUGUCAAGACGUUGAUAUGCAAGCGGCACAAUGUACGACAGUUAUACCCAGCAGGAGCAAGGUAGACUCUUAUGACAGGAAUCAGAUCAACAAAAGCGAGGCUGGCGAGGAGAGCGUUUGGCUGGCUUGGCAGAGGUGGAAAGUGGGCGAAGAUGGAUCGCUACCGCUGGAGGAGCUGGUUAAUCGCAAGGGUUCGGACAGGAUGGUGCCGGAGUUUCAAAACUAUUGCACCAUUGCUUACUACUUAUCGGGUGAGAUUGAGAGAUUAUGCGCCGGGGGCAUGAAGCUCGAGACUGCGGUUCAGUCUUUAGAAGCUCGACGUCACCUUAGCUUGGCCGCCUUGGCCAUAAUCAUUCAUCAGGAGAGAAACCGACAACGCACUAGUGAAGGACUGACCUUUCUAGAGACCAGAUCCAGACAACAGGAACCUUCAAGCCUUUCUGAGGAGCUCACCGGAGUUGUCUCGCCCAGGAGUGUUCCCGGCCUUACUACAGAGAAGCCCCUUGACCAAUUGGUGUCUCGUCGGAACUCUGAGGCCAUUUCAACUCUCGCAUCAUCCCAGGCUCCGAUAGUUACCGUUGAGAAGCCUGCCCCUAAAUUGCCCUUUGUCAGUUAUGUUGCACAGACGCAAAGCAUUUUUAGUCUAAAUGCGAUGGACCUUCAUUCUGAUGAUGCGCAACAAACAGCAGGAAUCGACAGUGCCGCCAGUCGAGUGGUCGUAUCACCGACCGCACCUCCGCUUGCGGCCACGUCAUCCGUCUCCCCUGGACCGCUGCAUGCCUUACGUGGAACCGGCUCGUCUGCAGAGUCGUCUGCUGGAUCUUUGAGAUCGACGCUUAAGGCUCUGGCUGCCAUGAACACAACGCCAUCAGCCCUGGGACCUGACUUUACUCAGUGGCGGACCGCUACACAGGUCUUGACUGAAAAGCCCCGUGGCGAAAGUCGUCAAACUCUGCCUGGAUCGCUCCCAUGGUAUUUGCCAUCCUCGACCAUUCGCAGUAUCCAGCCCAUCGCUCCCAACUUGCCUGUCGCAGGUCCAGUCUUAACCUCCACGCCAGUAACGCAGCAGGUGCUUCCUACCAUGACCAACCAUCAACCGACACCUCAACCCUCAAAACUUCAUUUGGACCAGGCAUCUUCCUUCAGCCCAACAUCGUUUGUAUCUCGGGGCUCGUUUUCUCAUCCCCCCACCGUCAGUGCUGCGCCAGCACCAUCAUCCCGCCUUUCGUUUCCUGCCAAACAGGCCAGCAUCCAAAACUACUUUACCGCUCCAUCUCGCCAACAGCAACAGCCCGUCACCCCAUUAUCCCAACCUCAUAUGCCGACUUUACCCCAGCAGCAGGCGUCCUUGCUUCCUAUAUCUCAAGCACCAAUCCCACUUGUACAAUUUGUACCCCGCUUCUUCGUACAAACCCAAGCCGGUUUCACUGCUCCAUCCUCUACCGGAGCCACUCCAUCCCAGUCGGCCUCCAGUGCACUGAACCCUUUCAAUCUGGCUGACGAUCAAGUUGUUAUAGCGCGCUUGGAUAACCCUGAAUCAUUGGAUGCGUCCUCAGCAUCCAACGCCAUAAGAACGACAUUUAAUGGUGUUUUUCAGCCUGCAUCAAAGACCCUUCCAGUUUCGCACACGCCAACCCCUCAUUUAAACCAUUACGCCACAAAAUUUCUCAACGACGCGCCUACGACUCUGAACGCGCACAUCGCUUCCUCUAUAGCAGCUCAUAUGCCUCCAUUUGCUGCCAAUCAACAAACUACACCAUCAGCAGCGCCCAUUUCAACAGCAACAGCUGUGACAACAGCAACCACAGCAACAACGACGCCAACAGUAACAAUACCGCCAACAGCUGCACUGCAACAAAUAUUAGCAGUAUUACCUUCACAAACUCUAACAACGGGAUUAUUACCUCCUGCGCCAGUAAUUGUAACCGCCACGCAAGUACAUGGUACUGCAGUGCCUCAAGUACCACGGAUAUCCGACACGACAACAGUCUCUACCCCAUCCUCAUCCACCACAUUGGUUUUCAAGCCAAAAGCCAUCAAUCAACCCAUGUCCACAUCGUCAACAACAAUAGCAGCAGACGGACAGGAGCAGGUUCAACUGUUCCGAUUCAACUUUGAGCUUCAAACGGUCUUCGACAUCUGGGACCUUUGGACGUUAGGCAUCCAGGGUAGCCCCUCUGUCGCAGGUCUGAUUGAAAAACACAGGAUGGCCUGGCUGCACCCAGCCGACAGAGAGACAUUUCGAGACUAUCGCUCUGUGCUGUUGAUUGUCGAGCGGUCUGUGCGGCAGUUGAAGCUAGAUGUCCGAGUAGGAUUGACACAGCUCGAGCACGUCCGACUCAAAUUCAAAAUGUCGGUCCGACAGUUUGCGAAAAUUUUGACAGAGGUUGAUAUGGGUAAAGCAGCACCAUCUAGGCCGUCAUCUGCCUCAGGGUCACUGCCGCCGUCGUCAUCUUUGCUCUUGAGCAUGGCCUUGCCCAUGGACCCUGUCCCAGAAACGAUACAGGCAUUUGUCAAAGCUAUUGAUGCCAUGACGUUGCCUCAGCCCUCUUCCAUCACCACCACUCUUCAUUCCUAG